AUGGCAUUGAACUCCAUGGCUGCUUCUCAUUCCCAUUUCCCAAGUGACUCAGGCCAGCAUCGACAUCCUACUCGUCAAUCUGCAUCAAAAGUGUGUCGAGUUUGUAGUGAUCAGAUUGGACAUGGGGAAAAUGGAAAGCUUUUUGUGGCUUGCAAUGUGUGUAGUUUUCCUGUUUGUCAACCCUGCUAUGAGUAUGAGAGGAGUGAAGGGAACCAGUGCUGCCCUCAGUGCAACACCCGCUAUAAGCGCCACAAAGGUUGUCCUAGAGUAGCUGGUGAUGAUGAGGAGCAUUCUGAUGCAGAUGAUUUUCAUGAUCCAGAUGAGAAACAUGAUGCCAAUCAUUGGGAAAAUAAAGACCACAAGGAACAGCAGUGGCAUCCGAAAGGUCAAGCUUUAUCUUCAGCAGGAAGUGUGGCUAGUAAGGAAUUUGAAGGGGAGAAGGAAUUCUUCAGUAAUGGAGAAUGGGAAGAAAGAUUAGAGCAAUGGAAAGCCAGGCAAAAAAAGAGAGGUAUUCUUAACAAAGAGGAAGCCAAAGAUGACCAGGGAGAAGAUGAUUACCUUUUGGCUGAAGCUAGGCAACCAUUGUGGCGUAAGGUUCCAAUAUCUUCAAGUCUAAUCAACCCAUAUCGCAUAGUCAUAAUCAUGAGGCUCUUUAUCCUCGUUUUCUUCCUCCGUUUCCGUGUCUUAACUCCAGCAUAUGAUGCAUAUCCACUGUGGCUUGCCUCUGUGAUGUGUGAAGUAUGGUUUGCACUGUCAUGGAUACUUGACCAGUUCCCCAAAUGGUUCCCCAUAACUCGUGAAACUUACUUGGAUCGCUUGUCCAUGAGGUUUGAGCGUGAAGGGGAGCCAAACCUUCUAGCCCCAGUUGAUGUCUAUGUGAGUACUGUGGACCCUUUGAAAGAGCCUCCCAUUAUAACAACAAACACUGUUCUUUCAAUCCUGGCUGUUGAUUACCCGGUUGACAAGGUGUGUUGCUAUGUAUCUGAUGAUGGUGCGUCUAUGCUCCUUUUUGAUGCACUUUCAGAAACUUCUGAGUUUGCACGAAGAUGGGUUCCUUUUUGUAAGAAGUAUAGCAUAGAGCCAAGGGCACCGGAGUUCUAUUUUUCUCAGAAGAUUGAUUACUUGAAAGAUAAGGUGCAGCCUACCUUUGUGAAGGAACGAAGGGCCAUGAAGAGAGAAUAUGAAGAAUUUAAAGUAAAAAUUAACUCCUUAGUGGCAAAAGCUCAGAAGAAGCCUGAGGACGGGUGGGUGAUGCAGGAUGGAACCCCUUGGCCUGGCAACAGUACUCGUGAUCAUCCAGGAAUGAUUCAGGUGUAUUUAGGAAGUGGUGGUGCACUGGACGUAGAAGGCAAGGAACUGCCACGGCUGGUGUAUAUUUCACGUGAAAAGCGUCCUGGCUAUAACCACCACAAGAAAGCUGGUGCUAUGAAUGCUUUGGUUCGAGUUUCAGCUGUGCUUUCAAAUGCACCUUUCAUGCUGAAUCUGGAUUGUGACCAUUACAUAAACAAUAGCAAGGCUAUAAGAGAGGCCAUGUGCUUUUUAAUGGACCCCCAGAUAGGAAAGAAGCUCUGCUAUGUCCAAUUUCCACAAAGAUUCGAUGGUAUUGAUCGUCAUGAUAGAUAUGCUAACCGAAAUAUUGUAUUCUUUGAUAUAAAUAUGAAAGCCCUUGACGGGAUUCAGGGUCCAGUUUAUGUUGGAACUGGAUGUGUGUUCAAUAGGCAGGCACUAUAUGGAUAUGAUCCACCAGUAUCUGAGAAAAGACCAAAGAUGACCUGUGACUGCUGGCCUUCAUGGUGUUGUUGUUGUGGUUGUUCGAGGAAAUCCAAGUUAAAGAAGAAAUCUGGUGGAAGAGGGGGUCUCUUUAGUAGAUUAUACACCAGGAAGAAGAAAAUGAUGGGGAAGAACUACGUUAGGAAAGGGUCUGAGUCCAUGUUUGAUCUUGAUCUUGAAGAGAUUGAAGAAGGGCGUGAAGGGUAUGGCGAGCUAGAGAAAUCAUCCCUCAUGUCCCAAAAAAAGUUUGAGAAGAGAUUUGGGCAGUCACCAGUUUUCAUUGAGUCCACUUUGAUGGAAAAUGGUGGACUUCCUGAAGGCACCAACAGUCAAUCGCUAAUUAAGGAAGCUAUUCAUGUUAUAAGUUGUGGCUAUGAAGAGAAGACUGAAUGGGGAAAAGAGAUUGGAUGGAUAUAUGGCUCAGUCACAGAAGAUAUAUUAACAGGGUUUAAGAUGCAUUGUAGAGGAUGGAAAUCAGUAUACUGCAUGCCAAAAAGAGACGCUUUCAAAGGAUCUGCCCCAAUAAAUCUAUCAGAUAGGUUACACCAAGUUCUGAGAUGGGCCCUUGGUUCUGUUGAAAUUUUCCUUAGUCGCCAUUGUCCAUUGUGGUAUGGCUAUGGAGGAAAACUGAAAUGGCUGGAGCGGUUGGCUUAUACUAAUACCAUUGUUUAUCCAUUCACUUCCAUCCCUCUACUUGCAUACUGCACAAUUCCAGCAGUUUGUCUUCUCACUGGAAAAUUCAUCAUCCCAACUUUGACGAACCUUGCCAGCGUAUGGUUCAUGGCUCUAUUCAUCUCCAUCAUUUUAACUGGUGUGCUAGAGCUGAGGUGGAGUGGUGUGAGCCUUGAAGACUGGUGGCGCAAUGAACAAUUUUGGGUGAUUGGAGGAGUAUCUGCUCACCUUUUUGCUGUAUUCCAAGGUCUCCUUAAGGUUCUUGGAGGAGUGGACACCAAUUUCACAGUGACAGCCAAAGCAGCAGAUGAUACUGAAUUUGGAGAGUUGUACCUGUUCAAGUGGACAACACUUCUGAUCCCACCAACCACUCUUAUAAUCUUGAACAUGGUGGGAGUUGUGGCUGGAGUAUCUGAUGCCAUUAACAAUGGGUAUGGUUCAUGGGGUCCUUUGUUUGGGAAGGUAUUCUUUGCUUUCUGGGUUAUUGUCCAUUUAUAUCCUUUCCUCAAAGGUCUCAUGGGAAGGCAAAACAGAACUCCUACUAUUGUUGUCCUUUGGUCAAUUCUUUUGGCAUCAAUUUUCUCUUUGAUUUGGGUUAGAAUUGAUCCUUUCUUGCCAAAACAAACUGGCCCAGUUCUCAAACNUAGACAUCGACCUCCUACUCGUCAAUCUGCAUCAAAAGUGUGUCGAGUUUGUAGUGAUCAGAUUGGACAUGGGGAAAAUGGAAAGCUUUUUGUGGCUUGCCAUGUGUGUAGUUUUCCCGUUUGUCAACCCUGCUAUGAGUAUGAGAGGAGUGAAGGGAACCAGUGCUGCCCUCAGUGCAACACCCGCUAUAAGCGCCACAAAGGUUGUCCUAGAGUAGCUGGUGAUGAUGAGGAGCAUUCUGAUGCAGAUGAUUUUCAUGAUCCAGAUGAGAAACAUGAUGCCAAUCAUUGGGAAAAUAAAGACCACAAGGAACAGCAGUGGCAUCCGAAAGGUCAAGCUUUAUCUUCAGCAGGAAGUGUGGCUAGUAAGGAAUUUGAAGGGGAGAAGGAAUUCUUCAGUAAUGGAGAAUGGGAAGAAAGAUUAGAGCAAUGGAAAGCCAGGCAAAAAAAGAGAGGUAUUCUUAACAAAGAGGAAGCCAAAGAUGACCAGGGAGAAGAUGAUUACCUUUUGGCUGAAGCUAGGCAACCAUUGUGGCGUAAGGUUCCAAUAUCUUCAAGUCUAAUCAACCCAUAUCGCAUAGUCAUAAUCAUGAGGCUCUUUAUCCUCGUUUUCUUCCUCCGUUUCCGUGUCUUAACUCCAGCAUAUGAUGCAUAUCCACUGUGGCUUGCCUCUGUGAUGUGUGAAGUAUGGUUUGCACUGUCAUGGAUACUUGACCAGUUCCCCAAAUGGUUCCCCAUAACUCGUGAAACUUACUUGGAUCGCUUGUCCAUGAGGUUUGAGCGUGAAGGGGAGCCAAACCUUCUAGCCCCAGUUGAUGUCUAUGUGAGUACUGUGGACCCUUUGAAAGAGCCUCCCAUUAUAACAACAAACACUGUUCUUUCAAUCCUGGCUGUUGAUUACCCGGUUGACAAGGUGUGUUGCUAUGUAUCUGAUGAUGGUGCGUCUAUGCUCCUUUUUGAUGCACUUUCAGAAACUUCUGAGUUUGCACGAAGAUGGGUUCCUUUUUGUAAGAAGUAUAGCAUAGAGCCAAGGGCACCGGAGUUCUAUUUUUCUCAGAAGAUUGAUUACUUGAAAGAUAAGGUGCAGCCUACCUUUGUGAAGGAACGAAGGGCCAUGAAGAGAGAAUAUGAAGAAUUUAAAGUAAAAAUUAACUCCUUAGUGGCAAAAGCUCAGAAGAAGCCUGAGGACGGGUGGGUGAUGCAGGAUGGAACCCCUUGGCCUGGCAACAGUACUCGUGAUCAUCCAGGAAUGAUUCAGGUGUAUUUAGGAAGUGGUGGUGCACUGGACGUAGAAGGCAAGGAACUGCCACGGCUGGUGUAUAUUUCACGUGAAAAGCGUCCUGGCUAUAACCACCACAAGAAAGCUGGUGCUAUGAAUGCUUUGGUUCGAGUUUCAGCUGUGCUUUCAAAUGCACCUUUCAUGCUGAAUCUGGAUUGUGACCAUUACAUAAACAAUAGCAAGGCUAUAAGAGAGGCCAUGUGCUUUUUAAUGGACCCCCAGAUAGGAAAGAAGCUCUGCUAUGUCCAAUUUCCACAAAGAUUCGAUGGUAUUGAUCGUCAUGAUAGAUAUGCUAAUCGUAAUAUUGUAUUCUUUGAU